UCUUGCAUUACGGCUGCUUGUCAGAGAUCAGAGAUGUACAUCCCUAAAUGGGACUUCGCCUUGAGCGUUUUUACCAGUGUUUUUAGAGUUGGCCGUUAUCCUGACCAAGUUGACUCUCGUCAAACGUCAACAGUAUUCAGCCUGGACGAAGGUACACUCGUAAAAAUUUUCAGUUAUCUUCCCAUUCGUGACUUGGUUCGGGCAUCGAAAGUGUGUAAGUUAUGGAAUAGAUUGUCAUACGACCGUCUAUUAUGGAAAAUCGUCGACUUAAAGUGUUUUUAUAGAUCUCUUAUCGACCCUAUAACGUUCCAAACGCAAGCCUUCACUAGAUUUGCUGGAAAGGUAAAUUGUCUCGACUUGAGUGGCUUUACUCUGACCGAAGAAACUGUGGGAGCUCUCGCCACUUAUUGCAAGGAGCUGCGCGUUCUGAAACUGAAAAGUGUGAAGUUUGCUACUCUUUCAAAUGGUGUUUGCACAGGAAACCAUAGCCGAAAUAAUAUUAUGUUCCCCGGGAAUCUUGAGUACCUGGACAUAAGGUUCUCUCAUGGAAACCCACAAGUCUACAAGGCAAUUGCAGGGCAGCUGAGCAAUGUUAAAUGGCUAGGACUCUGUGACCCUUUUUUUCGCGCAGCAUCAUCGAACGGCGGACUAGAAAAAAUUAUUGAUGGCAUGAAGCGCCUAGAAAAACUAGAUUUGAGCCACUGUCUGCUUCUCCAAGACAAACAGUUGAUGGGAUUUGCGCGCUGCAGCAAUUUGAAAGUACUCAGUGUAAGGAGAUGUUCAUUCCUAACCGGCAGCUUCGUAGAAAAUUUCCUAGAGUCCUGCACAAAACUCAAAACUCUUAUUUUGGACGGAAUCAGUUUAGACGAUGAAACUCUACAAAGAAUCACUUGGCGAUAUUCUUCCUUGAGACAUCUAGAGCUGGGAUGGUGUCCUCUCGUCACCCCAACUGGGUUGAAGACAGCGCUACCACGCAUAGCAAGAAUCCAAACAUUAGAGUACCUUGGACUCUGUGCUAUUGGAAGUGGAAAGGCUUUGAAUGAUGAAAUCCUGCUGGAUCUUGGCGUAAGUCUAUCUUACUGGCGAAAUACGCGUCUACAAUCCCUAAACGUCAGCCGUUCCAGGUCCCUUACGCAAGAUGGUGUAGACGAGUUCAACAAGAUUUACCCGUCUAUCGAGCUUUUAGACACCACAGAUUGUCCAGCGAUCUAUUCUUCCCACUCAGAGCUAUGCAAUGAAGCAUUAAACAGCUUUCAAGACGAGAAGACCAGUAAAUUCACAACAACUCCAGGAGCUGAAGUCUUGAGGCAACGGAAUGGCUCCAUAAGCGCCAUCCAGUUUGCCCGAUCUAAGUACACUUUGGAAACACCUCUUUGAUAAACAAUUUUCUUUCGCUUUCCGGCUACGCUAAUAUAUAUAUUAGUGAAAUGGAAAAGAAAUCGUAGACGUUCUUGAAAUCAAAUCGUUUCGUAUCUUUUCAGUUGCAGAUUAUGUGCGUUCCAUUUUUCCCCCAUCGAUGGACCUCGUAUAUUUCUAAUACUUUUUCACUGACAGUUUUCUCUACUAAGUUUUUUGUUGUAAUCUAUUUAUCCGAAACGAAUUUCGAGAAAAAACACUUGCAGGCCUUGGCUUUUAAGAGUCAGCAACAAAUCUCUCGUUAAUAUAACCGACGCCCCGAGCUUGAAUGAUAUCAUGAUUUUUUGUACAAAACUAUUUAUAGACGGUAAAUGCAUAUUUUGCGGGACAUUUCAAAAGAGUCAAAUAUGUAACACGUGGAGGAUAUGUAUUUAAGCCCGUGAUUUAAAAGCCGUAAUUAUUUUUGUUGUUUUAAUAAAUACAGCAUGCUGUAAUUAGAAUCUAGAUCUUUUCAUUCCUCGUCAGGGCUACAGUGUGAACCCCUCACGGUUCCAUAUCGCCUUAGCACACUUGUGCUCCGCCCGCGCGAGACAAGAUUCGUUCUCAAAUGACUUGCUGUGGGACAACAGCGUAAAGCAGCAACGUACACCGGAACACGACAUACAACUUCCCAUGGAACACAAAAGAGGAGGAAGCUGUUUCGUAAAUCCCGCGGUAUCCUCAAAUAGCUUACAAAUACUUGUAAUCGAUUUGCGAUUUUUGAUGAUAGAAAGGACUUCCGAAUAUUGAGAAC